CACCUCUCUCGCUCUGUGUGUGUGUGUGUGCGCCGGGGUUUCUCUCCCUCCCGUUAUUCGCGGCAGCAGCAGCAGCAGCAGCAGUAGCUGCGGAUCUUCGCUCUGUACCUGAGUGUGUUCUUCUCACCUGAGCUCUCACCUGUCCGUGUGUGUGUGUGUGUGUGUCUCCGCUUCUCCUCUGUCUUCAUUCCUGGGGAAGAAAAAGAGAAGUAAAGGUGUGUGAGAGGGAGAUAAAGAGGCGCGGGACACGGAGAAGAAGAACCGGUUCAGGUUACGUUACUUUUCCAACGUUAGUCCUCCUGGAGCAGCAGCUCCUUCUUCUUCUACUUCUUCUUCUUCAACUCCGGUCCGGCUGUCGUGUCGUACCGUGUCGUGUGGUUUCGUGUAGUUUCGUGCCGUGGGUGAAACAUGCCGCGGGCCUUUCUGGUGAAGAAGGCGAAUGUUUCCCCGGGGAAGCGGAACUGGAGCGAACUCCCGGAUCAUGAACGCGGGGACGUUUACAUCCCAGUGUCCAUCUUCCCUCCGUCUCUCCUGAUGGAGGCUGAAGCGAGCCCCGCGGAGACGACUCCGCUCUGCCUCACCAAACACUCCGUGUGCGACGCGCAGACUCACGCCGAGCUGCCGUCGAGCACGGUGCUGGGCCGACCGCAGAGCCCGGUGGGGGAGAGGUCAGUGGUCAGGAGGCGGGCACAGGGCGGAUCCACAUACGUGCGAUCCAAAAUCAAGGUAACAACGGGUGUGUUACCCUCCCCUCUCUCCCUUCCUCCCAUUCCCACGCCGCCAUCUUCAACCACUCACGCCGCCGCGAUGCCGGUCGCCGUGUCUACGAGUCCCGCACCAGUAGAGGCAGCUCCCAUGGCAACCAGAUCAGUGGGUCAAAGUUCGUCGACGGGGAAGUCGGGGUUCUUUGAGUGUCAGAUUUGUCCGAAGAAGUUCCAGCACCAGCGGAUGUUGAACCGACACAUCAAGUGUCACAACGAGACCAAGCGACACAUGUGCACCUUCUGCAACAAAGGCUUCAACGACACCUUUGACCUCAAGAGACACGUCCGCACGCACACAGGAGUUCGUCCGUACAAGUGCACGCUGUGCGACAAGGCCUUCACGCAGCGCUGCUCGCUGGAGUCGCACAUGAAGAAGAUCCACAGCGUCACCCUGAAGUACGCGUACAAGGAGCGGCGCAACAAGCUGUACGUGUGCGAGGAGUGCGGCCACACGGCGGCGACGCAGGACGAGCUGCUCCUCCACCUCCACUCGCUUCACCCGGAGAGUGCACUGCUGAAGGGGAAGAAGAGGGCGGACAGAGACGGAGAAUCCGCGCCGGGUUCUCCUCAAGGAGCCGAGAGCGACGACACGACGGGGUCAGCGGGGCAGUAACGAGGAGGGGGGGGAGGAGCCUCUGGAUGACGGACGGAAGAGUUAAAGGUCCGGUGUGUAACUGUGAGGAUGCUUUGCUCGCAUCGCGUCAAAUCAGACGUUAAGAAACGUUUUCACGCAGCCAAUCAAAACUUUUGAUGCUAAAGCGCUAACACUAACUCCGCCCAAACUGAGCUUUAACGUAAUUUCUUGUCUUACAAAAUGGCGGACGAUACAUCACUAUCACUUUAACAACACUAGCUAUGUCGUUAGCCGUGGAAAACACUGCUCUGCUAGCAUACAGCAUGUAGCACCAGGACCGCCCACAUCGAGCAUUAGCAUCGAGUCUUCUGUAGCUAGCCCGCCAUCUUGUGGCACCAUCAGAGUGUGUUUCUUGUUAUGAAGUGGAAGCUAACUGAGAUAAUGAAGGACAGCUCCACCCACAGGAACCCGAUACGUAAACUGACUCUGAAAACAUCCAAUUUUACGCAAAUAGGUGCUAGCUAAUCAGGUCACGUUUAGCUCAAACACUAACUCCGCCCAAACAGAGCCUGUUGCUGCUCUGCUAGCAUGUAGCACCUGGCCCGCCCACGUCUCGCAUUAACGUAACGUGUACGUGCGAGUCGUCCGUCAGUAACUAGUCCGUUAUCUUCCGAAGCUAACUGAGAUAAUGAAGGACAGCUCCGCCCACAUGAAAACAUCUGUAUCCGUGGUAACCUCAUCA